GAAUAGUCAAACGAAAUCCUUAUUCAUAUGACCAACAAUGGCAUCCUAUUUAGCGCAAGAAGUACAGCUUGCUAAAAGGCACGAAGAAAUACUGUCUCAGAGAUCAGCGUUGCUUCAGCAGAUGGAGAAUCAUCUAGGAGACAGAGAGGCUGAGAAGACAUGGCAAAUGCAAGAAGCUGACGCUGCUCAUAAAAGAAAUGUAGUACUUAUAAAUGAUAUAGAAGCAGCAGAAAAAAAACUUCAGGCAAGAGGGCACUUACUUCCGCACCCUAAUACGGUUAAUCUCGAGACACUUUACUGGGCGAAAAUAGAAGAAUCCAUUCCCAAGUGGGAGCCGUUUUUUCUAGGAAGAACUCAGGCCCCCGUUGGGGUUAGAAAAAUCAAGCAACAAAGCAGAACAUAA